GCGAGCGGGGUAGGGAGUGGCGAGCUAGUUUUCCGGCUUGAAUAAGCUGUGUUCUCAUACGCUUGGAUAAGCCGUGUUCCCACAUACGCUUGGAUAAGCCGUGUUCCUACACACUGGUGGUGGCUUUUCAUGGAUGUAAACUACUAUCUGCCAGUAUCCAGUCUGUAGACCAAAAUGGAGCUGUGUGCCGUAAUCGUUGGCUGUUAUCUGGGCUGGGUUGUGCUGGCUAUAUGGCCGAGAAAAGUGGUCAAGUUGUCCCCCAGAAUACUUCAGGAUCUGCUGGUACUGACUGGCUGUUCCUUUUGCCUCCCCCUGCUGGGCAGUGAUGUACAGACGGCUGUGCUGACGACGUUGUUUGCGCUGAUCAUGUACAACGAUCUACCCAGUCCUUGGCUGGGGGUCAACGACCGGGCAGUGCUUAUUACUGGCUGUGACCAGGGACUGGGCCACGCCCUAGCUCUCAAGCUGGAUACGAUGGGCUUCCAGGUCUUCGCUGGCUGCCUCUUGAUGGGCGGGGAGGGUGAGAGGAAGCUGGUUGAGAAGGCCUCCAGCAGGCUGACAACCCUCCAGAUGGAUGUCAGCAACCAGGAGCAGGUCCUAAAGGCUGCCAACACAGUGGCUGAAAAGUUGGGCACCAAAGUCCUCCAUGGUGUGGUCAACAACGCUGGCAUCCUACUGGCCGGCAACAUGGAAAUCAUGGCCUACAGCGACAUCCGCAAGGUGAUGGAUGUCAACUGUAUGGGGGUCAUCAACGUGUACAGGGCCUUCAUGCCACUCUUAAGGCGGCCCAGGAGAGGGACGGCCAGAUUGGUAAAUGUGGCCAGUAACAUUGGUUUGGCGCCAUCAGCCUUGAUGGGGGUGUACGCAGCCUCCAAAGCUUCAGUGGCCAUGCUGACAGAGACAUGGAGGUAUGAACACAAGCCCAUGGGUAUAGAUGUCUCAACAAUCAUACCAAGUGGUUUUAAGACAGGUAUACUGGAAUACAACAAGGAGGAGGUGGGUGACAGAUGGUGGAAGACAGCAACUCAGGAGGUCAGGGACUACUUUGGCAGGGCAUGCUUCACACCCAGUCCCAAGAGAGAGAAUUACAGGGAUUAUCUGAACGCAGACUUCUCCGGCAUCACAGACUGCAUGGCUGAUGCCCUACUGUCCACCUACCCCAAACCUUACUACUACAAGGGGUUGAUAGCCAGGUCCAUCCCAUUCCUGUACCUGCACCUACCCCCAUGGAUGUGGAGCCUGGUCAUGCCUUACUUGUCAGAUAACUUUAUAUUCCCUUUUGUGGGACCUCCAAGGUAGAUAACUGCUUACAGUAACCAAGGGAAGACAACUACCAAAAACAAUUUUGUUGCAUUUUACUUUUACUGAGCCUUAUGAAGAAACAUUUCUGCCAAAUGAGCCAAGAACAAAGUGUACAAACACCACUCAUAAUAACUUGACAAUAUUUUAUAUGUACAUACGUGAAAUUUUCAAACAACGGUGAAAUCUGGGUGAAGUUACAUUCUAAUCUUACUUAAUGGCUUUAAGGAAUGGAAUAAUAAGUAUGACAUAAUAACCUGUAGGUUAGUGUAAUGACAUAAUGUCCUUGCAUAUAUACUGAUGUUGUAAUGUCCUAGUAUACUAAUGUCAUAAUGUCCUAGUAUACUGAUGUCAUAAUGUCCUAGUAUACAGAUGUCAUAAUGUCCUAGUAUACUGAUGUCAUGAUGUCCUAGUAUACUGAUAUGCUAUAUUGUCCUAGUAUACUGAUGUCAUAAUGUCCUAGUAUACUGAUGUCAUAAUGUCCUAGUAUACUGAUGUCAUAAUGUCCUAGUAUACUGAUGUCAUGAUGUCCUAGUAUAAUGAUGUCAUAAUGUCCUUGCAUAUAUACUGAUGUCAUAAUGUCCUAGUAUACU